ACAGACCUCUCUUAUGUUGCCAAGUGCACCAGUGGUCAGGCUAAUUUAGUGGAAGAGAGAGAGAGAAAGAGAGAGAGGGAGGAAAAAGAGAGAGAGAGAGAGAGAGAGAGGAAAGAGGGAGGGCACGCUACUGACACCAAGAAAGAAACAUACAAGCCGGAAUAGGAACUUAUAAGGAGGAACGGUCGCCUACUGGCUGGAUAUCAAACUCGUGUGGGUAUUUUUUUUAUGACUGUUUUAAUUUUGCUCGGAUACGCCAUGUUGUCGUUGGAAUAGCUGGGAAUUAUUUGUGAUUUCAUUGGCUCGUCCUGGACCCAUGAUGUAGUCAGCAGCUCCGGCUCUGCCCCCUCUGCUCCAUUUGUGUCAUAUUCUCUCACAGCCUCGUGUAUCUCUCGGGCUGGACGGUGGUGCUCUGACCUCGGCUCGCCCUCCCCUGCCGCCCCGGGCCCCAGCCAUGGCCUCUCGCAUUGGGCUGCGCAUGCAGCUAAUGCGGGACCAGCUGCAGCAGGAGGAGCAGCGCGAGCGCCAGCAACAGAACACAGCUCUGCACUUUAUGAACCGCACCUCUGCUCCUCCCCCCACCCCCGCCAUCAGUGCCCCCCAACACUACCAGAGCAUGCAAGUGCCCGCUGAAGUACUCAAGGUGCAAACUCACCUGGAGAAUCCCACAGAUUACCACAUCCGACAGUCUGUGAGACAACAGGUGAAGGAGUACCUAUCCACCACCUACGCCACCAAACAGACCAUCCAGACAGUGGUUGGGCCUGUGCCUCCCUCUCCCCCUCUUCCCCCUCCUUCUCUGGGUCCCCCCGCAGGGUUAGCCCCUCACCCUGCUCCUCUGCACUCCUCCCACAUGCACUCAGAGCAGCUCCUAUCAGGGAACAGCGCUCCCAACAGUCCAAUGGCCAUGCUCAACAUCGGCUCUGGGCACGAGAAAGAGAUGGACAAUGUCAGUGACGUUAUUGAUGACAUCAUCAGUAUGCAGCAGUCGAACUUCGAUGAUAUCCACUCCUAUAUAGACCCCAUCAUGCCCAACACACUGCCCCUGUCCAACAGUCACUUGGACGUGUACACUGCUCCGGGGAUGAAGGGCCCGGGCAUUGCCAUGACCAGUAACUCUUGCCCUGCCAACCUCACCAUCAAACGAGAGCUGUCAGACGCAGAAGCCCGAGCUCUGGCCAAAGAGAGACAGAAGAAAGACAACCACAAUCUCAUUGAGCGAAGGAGGAGAUUCAACAUAAAUGACCGCAUCAAGGAGCUGGGCACAAUGAUCCCCAAAACCAAUGACCUGGACGUGCGCUGGAACAAAGGCACAAUCCUGAGGGCUUCGGUGGACUACAUAAAGAGGAUGCAGAAGGACGUGCAGAGGACCAGAGAGGUGGAGAACAACUAUAAACGAAUGGAGAUGGCCAACAAACAGCUGCUGCUUCGUAUACAGGAGUUGGAGAUGCAGGCUCGCCUCCACGGCCUCCCCAGCUCCUCCCCCUCCGGCCUGAACCCCGCCGAUCUCAUGGCCAACUUCAUCAAACAAGAGACUAGCCCCGACGAGACCCUCUCCCACCCCCACGCGCCGGUACACCACCCCCACCUACCCCACAGCCAACCCCAGCAGCAGGCUCACUAUAUGGGCUCGCACCUCCACAACCAGCCCCACCACCUCACCCAGCCCCUCCACCACCAGCCCCUCCACCAGCAACAGCCGCCCCCAAUUCAGUACCCGGCCGUGGGGAGCUCCCAAUAUGACUAUACCUCCCCUUUGGACUUUGGCGACGGGAUGGCCGGGUUCUCUGACGGCAUGGGGGGGUUGGGGGAUAUGGCCGGAGUAGAUGCCCAGGGAAGGAGAGGCGACCUGGGCUUCUUGAUGAUGGAUGAGCCCCUCUCGCCCAUGGGUGGAGAUCCGCUACUGUCCGCCAUGUCUCCCGAAGCGUCCGUGGAUUCGAGCCGGAGGUCCAGCUUUAGUAUUGACGAUGGAGAUAUCAUGUAGAAGUCACAUCAACAUGCAAAAAAUAAACAUAUUGAGCCAUAGGCCGGCCACUUUAUUAGGUACAGCUCGUAAAUGCAAAUAUUGAAACUCGGCAGCGAAAUUUUAUAGACUUCAGUUGGAUUUUCUAAAGAAAUGACACCAAAGCUAUAUACUGGCCACUUUAUUAGGUACACUUUCUAAAACUUGUCUAUUUUUUCAUUUCUGAUUUUUUUUAAAACUAAACCAGGACUAAACAAGGACUACAUUGGGAUAAAACCAGUGCCAAAAUUAAAUCCCGAAGAACUGCUGAAAUCAUGUCACAUCACAUUUGAGACACUUUUCGCCGUCUUUCUUUAUAUAUAUAUAUAUAUAUAUAGUAUUUGUUGUUUUGGGAUUUGAUUAUGUCUCUAAAAUUGCAUUUGCAUUAUUAUCUUUGUCUUUUAAAUAAAAAAAAUAAUGUUGGCUGUGA